ACUUUUUGUCUCUUAUCUACCCGUACAUCUGGCUAUUUUAAGGUCAUGGUUACGUUACACUAGCUUUUUGACUUGUUGCGAACCGGUCUAACCAUUAUACCGAACUCCAACAAUGGCAGGUAACACUGACAGAAAAUCACCUUUAGCUGAAAUCAAAGAAGCAAAGGAGCUGGCUUUUCAGGGAUGUAACAUUUCUCCAGACAGCUCCGUCCAAAAAUUAGGUAUAAAAGAGGAGGAAUGCGGCAGUUCUGGCGGAUGUCGGGAGGAUGACGGGACGGCCGUACCGCGACGACUGUGUGCCGUGUGCGAGGGGCUGGCCACGGGGUAUCACUACGGCGUACCGUCGUGCGAAGCCUGCAAGGCGUUCUUCAAGAGAACCGUACAAAGAAAUAUGUGCUACACAUGCAUUGAGGAGGGACAGUGUGACGUGUUCCGUGGAAAGAGGCGAACAUGCCAGGCCUGUCGAUACGACAAGUGCAUUCAAUCCGGAAUGAUGAUCAAUGGUGUUCGACUGAAUCGAUGUAAAGGCGGUCGGCAGGAGUACAGACGCAGGCCGGACGAGCAAGGCUUUACCCCCGUGUCGACCGGCAAGAGACCGAGGAAGAACAGCACACAGACUUCAGAAUUUUGUAAGCGGCUUCUUGAGAUUGAGCCGGGGGUUCUUCAGAUGUCCCUACCCGACGGUGAGUGGGGCUGCUCGGAUCCUACCACCGAAGGUACCAGGAGAACACCGACCCAAAGGAUCUGGAUGGAACGGAUGGCGGAGGUUGCAGACCGGGCAUUGACAACGACGGUCCAGUGGGCCAAGAAGGUCCCAGGUUUCGACAAGCUGUGCCUGAACGACCAGAUGGCUCUCCUGUGCAACUCCUGGAUGGAGAUCCUGCUGGCCAAUGUGAUCUACCGCUCCAUCCUGCUCCCUAGCGGCAUCUACUUUGCUGACGGGUUCAUAGUGACCAAGGAGAUGUCCAAGGGAACGGAGAGGGGUCCACUGAUCUACAACCAACUCACCAACAUCGUGGAGAGACUGAGAGAGCUGAACGUGAGCAGGGGGAUCAUGGUGCUCCUGAAAGCGGCAAUCUUGCUGAACUCGGGUCCAUCACUGGCCAACCGCCUCCCCGUACAGUCUCCCAGCGAGGUCGGCGAGCUCCAGACCCAAGUCUACGACGCCUUGCAUUACCGCAUCCACCAAGAGCACCCAGGCGACCCCCGUCUAGUCUAUCGCCUCCUCAUGAUCCUACCACUCAUCAAGGACGUGGCUGUGACGGUGGCCAGUCUGGUCUGGAUCGAGUUCAACCAGGAACAUGUCUUCAUGCAGGAGUUACUGAGCGAGGUGGUCCAGCCCAUCAUACGCAUCAAGUCCCACUUGGUGGCGCCCUGCUGCAGGGCCAGGCUGGAAUCUCGAGGCCAAAGCAAGGACCGAGUUGACGUCGAGGCGAAUAUAAAUGACAAUAUCGCGGCAGCUGCUGAUGAUCAGAAUUGGUCAGUUACAAACGCCACCGUAUUGUAGAUUUUGUUUAUAUAAACCAAACCCGCAAAGCCAUAAUUUGAGUGAAGGAAAGCACAAAACUGACAUGAUUUUCUAGGUACUAAUACUACAAAUCAAACAU